AUGGUGCAGAUUGUUAAUGCAGUGCUUCGGUGGAUCAGGUCCGACCUGUCAGCUCGAAAACAAUUUCUAUCAGAGAGUUCCUACUCAUUACAACUAUCUACACCCGAACGACUCAGCAAGCAGUUACUAAGCACCCAUCAGAAGGAUUCAUCCAAAUUUCGUGAAGUAUUAUACGUUGUGGGAGGAUACGGCCACGCUUCCGGAGAAUACUUCGAUCCUGGGGAGAAAUUUCCAGUGUGGCGUCGAAUCCCCUCCAUGAGCAUUACAAGAGCAUAUGCCGGCGUUGCUGCUCUCGACGAUUUGCUUUACGUUGUUGGCGGCUUGAGUGACGGAAAGCCUGUGAAUAGUGCUGAGAGGUAUUAA